AUGGAGAUUCCGUAUCCGUUUGCUCUCAACGCGAUUACAUUCUCGACUCUUUACAGGCAGGACUGGAGAAAACAAGCCAUAUGGGCUAACUACAUCAUGGAUCAUCAUACCUCGUUCCAGGAUGCCGUGCUUACUCGACUAAAACGACGUAUUACACCCGAGAUGUACGAGGAUCCUUAUCUAAAAUAUUCUCAGUACAUUCCCGCCAUCAGAAAAGACCUAGCUAGGAGCAUAGCCUCCUGGGACCGUGCCAGGGACACGGCCCCUGAGGAUGCCGAGGAGUCGGAGGAUUCCCGCGCAUUUAAGGCCCUCCGAGAGUUGAGAUCCCAGCCAGCUACCAGCGGGAGAAGGUGGGGUUCCACGGUCAUAAGCCAAAGUUACGCAGAUGAGACUAUUUUCUUUUCACGCACCGCUGAAUUUCUUCUACGGCGGGUGGCAGAGAAGGACCCACGGGAGUUUUCACAAGCUAUUGGGGAGAUUUCACCCGGCUGGGCUGAUUCACAUUCUGUCUUGGAGUUCUUCAACCUGACCUUUGAUCCAUGGGCAAUACCGUCGGUGGAUGAAGUCAAAGACAAGUUGGAAGAGCUACAGUUAAGCUCUCUAUGGGAGACGCCAGACAGGUGGUAUCAGUUGAGGGAGAAACUACCUGGGUAUACUGGUCCCGAGUACCGAUACCAAGAGAAGAUUCGGCUCUCUGCUGCCGCUGUUGCCAUUAAGUUCCUGGGUCAAAUCCCUCGGCAACAGAGACUCUGCAUAUCAAACCUCAUUUUAAAUGAGGAUAGGAAUUCUAUCAGCAGUUCUGAGUGCCAUGUCCUUGGUUUAAUCCCAUUCUUCCGAGAGAUUUCAAAGCUGAUAGUUGAACACCGGCUUAAGCUAUGGCGAAACAUCCUCCCCAAAAGCGUCGACCUGGGGUGCUUCCACUUCGCUGUAGAUGACCAAAGUCUUGACCUUCAGGGAUGGGAUGACGUUACUCAAACACAUCAAACCCGGUCCUCUGACAUCGCCAAAGGUGUCACCAACAUCAUCAUGCAUAUCUCGAAAGCCUUGACAGAAGGCCUGCCUUCAAGGUCUUAA